AUGUCUGGUACUAACUCCAAACUAACCGCUUUCAUUCCAAACGCCCAUGAUGACGACCGUCCAGAAGAGGUUCUCAAGGACCUCGAGUUCGGGCGCUUGGUAUCCAAGGAUCACCUCUACACCUCGGGCCACCCCGUGGGGAAACCAUGGCCCACUCCUAUCGAUGAUGAACCUCCAUACAUCAUCUACAUAGCCACCUACAUCUCCUACCUUAUUUUGAUCCUCAUCGGUCAUGUCAGAGACUUCUUCGGUAAGAUCUUCAAACCCAGCGAGUAUGAAGACUUGGUAGAGAAGGAUGGCUACGCCCCAUGGUACGACGGUUUCGAGAACUUUUACGUUCGUCGUUUGAAAGCAAGAAUCGACGAUUGUUUCGCCAGACCCAUCCAUGGUGCUCCAGGUAGAUACGUCAAGUGUUUCAACCGUGUUCGUGAGGGCAAGACCGGGUACCUUUACAGUGGCGACACCGACGAGUGCUUGAACUUGUCUUCCUAUAAUUACUUGGGAUUCGCUCAAUCGCACGGCUCUUGUACCGACUAUGCCUUGAACACAGUUGACAACUAUGGUGCUUCUGGAUGCGCGCCAAGACUGGUUGCCGGUUACACCGAUCUUCACAAGCAAUGUGAACGGGUUAUUUCUGAUUUCGUUGGCAAGGAAGAUGUCGUUAUUGUUAGUAUGGGUUACGGUACCAAUGCCAACUUCUUUGCAUCCAUCGCUGACUCCAAGACUUUAAUUAUUAGUGACGAGUUGAACCACGCUUCCAUUAGAUUCGGUAUCAGAUUAUCUGGUGCUUCUGUUAAGGUAUUCAAGCAUAACGAUAUGGAUGACUUAGAAAAGUUGAUAAGAAACCAAAUUGCCCAAGGCCAACCAAAGACCCACCGUCCAUGGAAGAAGAUCAUCAUUGCAGUUGAAGGUUUGUACUCCAUGGAAGGUAACUUUUGUAACUUGCCAAAGCUUGUUGAACUUAAGGAAAAGUACAAGUGCUAUUUGUUUGUUGAUGAGGCCCAUUCCAUUGGUGCCCUUGGUCCAAACGGUGGUGGUGUUUGUGACUACUUCAAAGUGGAUCCUGCCAGAGUCGAUAUUUUGAUGGGUACUUUCACCAAGUCUUUUGGUGCUACUGGUGGUUACAUCGCAGCUGAUAAGUCUACUAUCGAUAGAUUGAGACUCAAUUACAUCACUUAUGCUUAUGCCGAAUCUGUUCCACCUCCAGUGCUAGGACAAAUUAUUUCUUCAUUAAGUAUCAUCAACGGCUCCAUUAACCCUGGCGAAGGUAAAGAAAGAUUGCAGAGAAUUGCAUUCAACUCUCGUUAUUUGAGAUUGGGAUUAAAGAAGUUAGGUUUUAUUGUUUAUGGUGCAGAUGACUCCCCGGUUAUUCCAUUGUUGAUCUUCUUGCCUGCCAAGAUGCCUGCCUUCUCGAGAAUUCUUUACGACAUGAAGAUUGCUGUUGUUAUCGUCAGUUACCCAGCAACUCCAUUGAUUAGUGCUAGAGCUAGACUUUGUGUUUCUGCUGCAUUGAACAAAGAUGAUUUGGACUAUGUGUUGCAAAAGAUGUCUGAAGUCGGUGAUUUGGUGUACUUGAAGUUCAGUAGCGGUAUUGCUGGAGGUUCCAAGAUUCCAGGUCAACCUCCAAGACAAACCAUUGAGGAAGUAUUGGCAACUAAUGUGGAAGAUUGUAAAAAGCCAAUGUCAGGAUGA